AUGUCGGAAAAAACACUCGAGCAUGGAGUUACACUUGAGAUCACAACACCAACUUCGAACUCCCUCUCGUCCAGUCUGGAAAAGCAGAGCCUACGCCAUCGCAUCCGUGAGAUUCUAUGGGACAGUCUCGACCGAACACCCGAAGAAAGAAAGCUUAUUUUCAAACUCGACGUCUUCAUCUUGUAUAAACCCCAUUUGUCUCCCAGUAAGUUGGCUAAGCUGGCUAAUGGUGUCUAGAACAUGGGCGGGAUUCACAUAUUUCUCCAAGAAUCUCAAUCAGAAUAAUAUCUCCAAUGCCUACGUCUCAGGAAUGAAGAUCUCAAUGUCGUGGGGAAUGAAUACCAAACGUUUACUACAAUGUGGACUAUUGGUUAUAUUGUUAGUCAGAUUCCAUCUCAAAUGAUCUGUAAGUGGGAUCUUUUCUAUUGAUGUAGAAUCUGUACCAACAGAAUUAAGGUACAAAAAUCCGGCCCUCGAUCUGGUGUCCGACAUGGGAGCUUAUAUGGGUGAUUAUUUACGUUUGCAACCGCUGCAGUCAAGAAACCUCAUCAGCUAUACGUCUGCCGCUUUCUGGUUGGAUUGGCUGAAGGCACUUUUUAUCCAGCUGUACACACUAUACUUGGUGGGUGGUACACGAAGCGAGAAUUAG